ACCUCCUCCAGCAGAGCUCCAAUCAAAAGCAGCGAGGCGUCGCGGCUCUAAAGUUUGGUGACUUAUCAGCUCGAAACACAGCAACGUGGCUUCGAAGUCAAACUGAACUUGAGCGAAUGAUGAACAGAUAAAUCCACCUGAGCUGGCAACACAGAGGCAACCGGGCAAAGAAACAGCCGCACAGGAGAAGCUGAAGACAAAUAUCCAGAGAGUGAGUGUGCGCGAGCGCGCAGAGAAACCCCCCCGCCACCACAGGAGGAGGUGAGGUAAGCAGCUAUGGAGAAGCCCCCGUUGCCUGGUGACGAGGAUGGUCCUGGGCUGGAGGAGAGCCACUCUACAGUGGCUCUGAUGUCAGAAGGUGGGGCAGAGUCUGUUGAGGCAAGGGAAGGUGGUGAGGAUCGCCCAGCAUGGGACAGUAAAUUGCAGUAUGUCCUCGCUCAGGUGGGCUUCAGCGUAGGCUUGGGCAACGUGUGGAGAUUUCCCUACCUUUGCCACCAGAAUGGAGGAGGGGCGUUCAUGGUCUUGUAUGUGAUGUUGUUGCUGGUGGUGGGAGUUCCUCUCUUCUUCAUGGAGCUGGCCGCUGGUCAGAGUAUCCGACAGGGCAGCAUUGGAGUCUGGAAACACAUCUCACCUCGCCUUGCCGGCAUAGGCUACUCCAGCUGCAUGGUAUGUUUCUUUGUGGCUCUGUACUAUAACGUUAUCAUUGCCUGGUCUCUAUUUUACUUGGGGAACUCCUUUCAGUACCCAUUACCAUGGCAACACUGUCCUGUGGAACUAAGCAGCAACCAGACAGUGAAGGAGUGUGCUGCUAGCUCACCCACCUCUUAUUUCUGGUUCCGUAAGGCUCUUGAUAUCUCUGACUCUCUCGAUCAGUCUGGAGAGUUUAACCCCAUCAUAACUGGCUGCCUGCUGGCUGCUUGGGCUAUAGUCUGUCUGGCUAUGAGCAAGGGCAUCAAGUCCUCUGCCAAGGUGAUGUACUUCUCCUCAGUUUUCCCAUAUGCUGUGCUGUUCUGCUUCCUCAUCAGAGGACUGAUGCUGGAUGGAGCCAUUGAAGGAAUCACCUACAUGUUUUAUCCUAAAUUAGAGAUCUGGGGGGAGGUGCAGGUAUGGCGGCAAGCAGCCACUCAAGUUUUCUUUGCUCUUGGUUUGGGCUACGGCUCCGUAAUCGCUUACUCUUCAUACAACCCUGUUCACAACAACUGUCACCGUGAUGCCAUCAUGGUCUCUACUAUCAACUUCAUGACAUCAGUCCUGGCCUCGCUUGUCGUCUUUGUGGUGCUUGGCUUCCGAGCUAAGAACAUCGCCCUGGAGUGUGUUGCAGUAAAUGUGGGAAGGCUGAUGGAGAUGGCAGCUUCAGGCUUGUCUCAGCAGUGGUGGCCGUGGUUCAACAUAUCUGAUCCCAAAUCCAUUGACCUGCAGGAGUACAGGCAGUGGUACAGCCAAUACGGCAGCCUGCUGCCAAACAUCACUGACUGCGACCUGGAGAGAGAAAUGAACAAGGGAGUGGAAGGGACUGGUUUAGCAUUCAUAGCAUUCACAGAGGCAAUGGCACUGUUCCCUGCCAGUCCAUUCUGGUCAGCUCUGUUCUUCCUCAUGCUGCUUAAUCUGGGGCUGUCCACCAUGUUCGGCACCAUGCAGGGCAUCCUUACUCCACUCAUGGACAACUUUAGACUGCUGGGCCGCCACAAGACCAUACUCACAGUGUUUAGCUGUGUCCUGGGCUUUCUGAUAGGGCUGCUCUUCACACAGCGCAGUGGCAACUAUUUUGUGACCAUUUUUGAUGAUUAUUCUGCCACUUUACCUCUGAUUAUCGUCGUUAUCUUUGAGACAGUCAGUGUGGCAUGGAUCUACGGGGCAGAUCGAUUUCUGGAUGAUGUAGCAGUGAUGCUGCAUUGGCGCCCCCCUGUGGUUUAUAAGUUCAUGUGGAAGUAUGUAUGCCUGCUGGCUAUGGUGGGUCUGCUGACUGCUAGUGUACUGCAAAUUGUCUUCAAAUGGCCAACUUAUACAGCAUGGAACCACACCACGGGUUCUGAGACUAGCCUGGAGUAUCCUGGAUGGGCGUUGGUGAUGCUGUCUGUGCUCAUAGUCACCGCCUCUCUCCCAGUGCCUGUAGGAUACCUGUAUUAUCUGAUAACCCAGAGGCAAGAUCAACCAGAAGAAGCAGGCAUGACUGAGCAGCAAAGAGAACGGUACUCCAAAUGCUAUUCAACUGAGCCUGAACUCAGCAACCACCUCCCCAUGUUGAACGAGGCCGGCAGCCGGCCGCACUCCACCUUCCUGCCACUGGGAAUGGAUCACUAUAGGCCCCUCCCACAGCAGGAAGAUGAGGAUGAGGAUGAGGAAGAGGACACAGAACUGUAAACAAAGUAGCCAAAGAAGCAGAGAAAGGAUGACGGACGAGGGAUAGAAUAAGAAGGGAGAGUGGGGUAUUUAUUAACUGAUGCUGGAGUCUUUAUGGACAGACAGUAGAGGGACUUCAUUUAUCCUCAUUAUGCUAAUGAAUUCUAUAAUUAUGUAAUGGUGACCGUUAGCUUUCCGCACUGCACGAGAGGACACUCUUUAUAUAAGUGAUAUAAUCACUGUAUUUCCCUCUGUGCAUGUGCCCUUAGGUGUACCCAGGUCAACUGCCAGUAUUGCCUUCCUAAAGUGUCUUAUUGAACACUUCAGGUACCUCACUAUUUGUGUUUUUAUCCCCCCAGAAUAACUUUAAUGCAUUAAAGGAAUAUGUCGUACUUUUUAAAACCCAAUCUCUGUCUGCUGCAUCCGUAGCACAGAUGAUUAUUUUGAAAAAUGUUUCUUCUGCUUGGUAAAAGAGCAGAAAUCUUAUUAACUCAGAACACCCUUUGGCUUUUAUUAUAAGGGAGUUUUAAGUCAUCAGGUUUUAUGUUCUUUUGUACAUGGAAAUUACUGUUUGCAGUAAUUGACUGUGUGCUAGAUUCGUGACAGAUUGCAUUGAAAUUAACUGGAGGAUGUUUGCAAGAAAGCCAUGGUUGGACGUUAGAGUUUGACAGUGACUAAAGUUAAAGGGACAAAGUAUGUUUAUGUGCACAAUUUCUUUUUUUAUUUAUUUCCUUCUUGUCGGUUUAUUAUACAUUUCAAGAUGUGAAUGCAGUAAUAGCUAAAGUACUGUGCUAAUGUUGGAGUGAUAGCAUGCCAGCUUUUCCAAAACUUGACACCCUUGUGGCCACACAUAAACAUAGAAGUGGACAAACUUUGAAUAGCAGUCAUACUAACUAAAGUUCCUUUGGUAAGAAUUUUGACAGAUUUCAAAGUUUGUUGAGAAUGAAACACUCAUAUUUAAUGGUGAAGUGCAUUCCUAUCUUUGGUAAUCCAUAGUUCUUCUUUUAAGGGUUUCCUUUUGCACUUCCUAUUCUUUUCAGAUGCACACUUCGGCUCUCUUUAUGAUGUGCCUUUGUGUUUUAAAAAGUGUCCAUUAUUCUAUAUGACACAACUGGACAAACUGACCGUGGAGAAGGAAGUAGGAAGUGCCAAAUUAACUGACCACAAUUUUUGCAUGUCCCCCUCACCCCCCAGUCCCCCACAACUUGGAAGAACAUUGAACAAAAAGGGACAAACAAGCACACAGCAUGAAAACUGGACUUUUCAGGUGAAUUUGUGCAUUGUGACUUAAAAUAAUAUUCUAGCCAAUGAGACGCUGCCAAAUUUUGCCAAUUAAUAUUUGAAAUGGGGUCAUUCCAACAGUAUAUUAGGAUACAUGUAUUAGCUGACAUAGAUAUGGAAAUGUCUUACCUAAGUUGUUCUGAUGUAGUUUUAUUCAACUUUCUAACACUAGAGCAACACAGUAAAUAACUAUUCUGGUUACAUUCACAUUUCCUUCACAAGUUUUUCUGGUAUCUGGUACCAAAUCAGGCAAGAUAAUCUAAAACUCUGCUUGAUGCAUAUUAUGCAUGUAAAAAAUUCAGACCUAGCUGCUCAUAAAGUCAGCAAAGGUCCAUGGAUAAGCAUUGGGAAAGAUGUGUGUAUGUUUUACUGAGCCUUCCCUUUUUGGAAUUCAUACUAAUCCUCAUGCUAAUAAUACCCAACACCACAAAACUUACCCAGUCAGAAAUAGCACACAUAGAGAGCACAGGCCUAAGAAUAGAACCGAGGAAUGCGCUUAGUCAGCCUGCACGGUCAGAGUGGACUGACACGAACAGACAUGUUCCUGCAUGCUGAGAAACCAAUGGUUAAAGAAAAGCACAGAAGGUGCCACUUUGGUAACUGAGGUCUAAUGUGUGGCACCGCAAGGCGAGAGCAGCUCACGGAAGGAAUGUAACACAGAAGAAUACAGUCACACCAUAACACAAACACACACCUACACAAGGGCACAGACCUAAAUAUGUGUUCAGGCAGCUUCCACUGUGCAGCCAGUGAGACGGUAAAUAAAUAGUGUAGAGUGUGUACAGGCUUGGUCUGUUCUUUAAAGCCAUAUAAAAGUGUCUGUACAUUAUGUCUCAGACUUGAUUGUUUAAUUUUUAACAAAUAGCUACACGUUAAUCUCCUUUUUUAUGUAUUCUUUAUUAGUGCAUAUACUUAGUUCUGUUUGACUGUUAUGUGUGUGUGAGAUAUAAACCUUACAUAUUUUGCAUUUUUGUGGUGAAAUCCUUGUCUAUAUGCCAAAUAAAAUUUACAUAGAAAUAUA